AUGACCUCACGCGAAUCUGGAAGAGUCAAAGAUGCCGAGAGAAGAAAGGUUUUGGAUGAUGUGGCGAGAAAACGUCGAGCGAGAAAAGCAGUUGAGGCCCUAGAACAAGAUAACUUUCAUGAAGACCCACAUGCAGAUUUAGUUAUGUCAAAGAAGGUGCCGAAAUUCGCAGACUCUAAUGAGAAACCAACUAGGAAGAAGAAGUCUAAAAGCGCUGAAUAUUAUAAGAUGCGAUUUCGGAAAACGUUUGCGCAGCUGGUAGAAGAGGAUGCAAGUUUUAGAUCAAAACCUCCUAACUACUUGUCCGCACAAGCGCCACCUUCUAAAUUUCCCGAGCGACAUUUCUGUGCUGUUUGUGGGUUUCCAUCGAAUUACACAUGUAUACCAUGUGGUGCUAGAUAUUGUAGUGUAAAGUGUCUCGGAACUCACUUGGAUACGCGAUGCCUCAAAUGGACUGCUUAAUUUCAAGAAACUAUCUUUAAGUUAAUAUUGUGAUAAUUUACGUAAUAAAAUUUAAUAAAACAAUA